AUGAUCACAGUUAACAGCCUGCUGUUAUUCCUUCCCCUCGGGGUUAUUGCAGCGCUUCUCAACUGGAACUCGGUGCUUGUUUCCGUCUUUAACUUUUUGGCGAUUUUACCGCUUUCCGCUAUUGUGUCGGACGCUUCAGACACAUUAUCGGACUAUUUUGGCGAUUUGGUCGGGGGAUUGAUUAAUGCGACCUUUGGAAAUGCGGUCGAGUUGAGCACUGGAAUUCUGGCCGUAGCCAGUGGAGAUACUUAUUUUGCUCAGUCGGUUAUGAUUGGGAGUAUCUUGUCAGAUAUUCUUUUGAUUAUGGGCGGCUGUCUGAUCUCAGCCUCCUAUAGCAAGCACAUACUAUAUUUCAAUAUGGCCCAGACGGGUUCCUUGUCCUCAUUGAUGGUUGUCACAGCCGUGGGGUUGAUUCUGCCCUCCGUUUUAUAUGCAACCUUUACCUCGGUGGACUUGGAAGAUCAAGUUCUUAGCUUCUCCCGUGGAACAUCCGCCGUACUUCUGGUGCUAUAUGUCGGGUAUCUCUACUUCCAAUUGGGAACGCACAGACAUCUAUUUCAACAAGAACCGAACAGUCCCCUGGAAGACCAAAGUGGUCAUGAUGAAAAUAAGGAGAAGGCGGGCCUAUCAAAAACUGUCCUCACCCUUGUUGCUUCUGGUAUUUCAAUCGUCAUCUGUACCCACUUCUUCCUUGCCAGUGUCCCCGCUACAUCGGCCACGACUGGAAUUUCCAAGACUUUCAUUGCAACCACUCUCAUCCCCAUCACUAGCAAUUGCCCCGAAGGUGUGGCAGUGAUUGCCGCUUCGUUCGGAGGUGGUGAUGUGAACUUUGCCAUCAGCGUCAUCGUCAGCAGUAUCUUGCAGAUCGGACUCUUUGCCAUCCCCUUCCUGGUCAUGUUCGGGUGGCUGAUUGGGGUGCCCAUGACGCUCUUUUUUGAGACAUUCCAUACGUUGGUCCUGUUCUUCGCUAUUCUAGUCGUCAACCAGGUUCUGAAGGAUGCUAAGUAUACUUAUCUUCAUGGAAGUAUGCUGAUUGGGCUGUACGUGAUACUCUCGCUUGCAUUUUGGGUCCGCUGA